UUACCAUCUUUUGAUUCACAAAACUUUCGAAAAUAUUUCCCUUUGCGAUAACGAGAGCGUCUUCAGCCGAAAAAAGAAAUACCUUUGCGAAAUACUUUUAAGAAAAAAAGCAGCAGAAUGUCAGAUGUCUAUAACCAUGAACAAGGCUAUGAUGCUCUCUUACUGGACCCAGCUAAGAGUGGACUGAUGUGCUCUGAGUGUGACCUAGUACUGAGGGAUGCAGUUCAGACAAUGGAGGGGAAUCGGCUCUGCCUACCUUGCUUCAAAAAAAUAGAAAAAUCUCCUGGUUAUAAAAGUUCAAAAACAGGAAUUAGCAUUCUAGAUGAAAACGAAAAGCCUGGUUGGUAUCCAGACAAGGCUGUGCGUCGGGAAGUGAUGCAACUAAAAGUUAAAUGUCACAACUGUACUUUUGGAUGUCCUUGGAUAGGACAUUUAUUACAAUAUUUUGAAGCUCAUCACCCUGGAUGCAAGUACAAACCAAUUAGCUGUCCGAAUGAAGGAUGCAAAGAAAUGAUCCUGCCAGUGGAUCUAAAGAAGCAUCAGACCACGGAGUGUAUGCAUCGCAUCAUCAACUGUCAAUACUGCAACCAAACAACUAAGCCAGUCGAACUGAAAGGUCAUCAUGAGGUCUGCACAAAACUUCCUGUGAAGUGUUUAAAUUGUGACAGUUUAAUUCCAAGAGAUGAGAUGGAUGACCACAACCUUAAGGAUUGCCCUAAAGUGGAAUGUAAUUGUGGACAAGUGUUGCAUAGAGAUGCUCCAGCUACCUCCAAAGAUUCUAUUGAAGCACAUCUCAGCAAUCCAGCUGAAGUAUUCUUCCAUAUUGUAAGCUUAUUUGCUGUAGUUGGAAAGCUUUCGAAAUCAUUUUCAAGCAUUGAUCGGAGAUUGGCUAUGAUUGAAAGUGCUGGCAUUACACUGUCUAAGGAUUCAAGUUAUAGUAAAGAACUAAGUCAAAUUCGAGGGGACGUUCAAAUAAGUUUAGCAGAGUUAAGCAGUCGUAUUGAACCUCUUGAGAAAUACCAAGUUGACGUAGCAUUGACGUCAAAAGACAAAAAUAUGGCCACCAAAGUAUCUGAACUACAACGAAAACUCAAACAGUUGGAGGAAAAAAACACUCAACAAAGUAUUCAAAUUCAUUCCUUACAAACUCAAAUUCAGCAGCGAGCAGUAUCUUCGAGUUUGAAUAUAGAACAUACUGGCAAUAUUGAUACAUCACGAUUAGUUACAGUUGAAAAGCGAUAUGAAGAUUUAGAAAAGCAGGUCUCUCUAUUGAAAGUACACAUAUCAGAGCUUGAGCUACAACUACAAGCAUCACUAGCAAGUACGCACAAUGGUUCCUUUUUGUGGCGUAUACCAGACAUUUUAAGGAGAAGACGAGAUGCAAUUGAAGAGCGAAUCACUUCAAUCUACAGCCCUCCGUUUUAUACGGGUAGAAAUGGCUACAAAAUGUGCAUUAGAGCCUACCUUAAUGGAGAUGGUAUGGGCUAUAAGACGCACCUCUCUUUGUUCUUUGUCGUGAUGAAAGGAGAAUUCGAUGCAUUGUUAAAAUGGCCGUUUGAUUACAAAGUUUCUCUCAUUCUUGUAGAUCAAAAUCAUCGAAAACACAUUGUGCAAACGUUCAAGCCAACUCCAGAAAGUAACAGUUUCCAGAGGCCAGUCUCCGACAUGAAUGUUGCUUCUGGGUGUCCUCAGUUUUCAAAGCUUUCUGUUCUGGACGAUACCUCGUAUGUAAAAGAUGACGUUUUAUUCGUUAAAUGUAUUGUGGACACAACAAGAAUUUUCCACCCUUAAUUCUCAUCAUUCAUCAUUCUAGCCUUAGAAGUCAAUUAUUAGGUUAGUGUUGUGUUCUGUUUUAGAUAGAACAUAGCUACAUAUGUAAUCCUCUAUUUAUUUAAUAGUCUGUUAGGAGUUCUAUUACUGGCACUACUGUGUCAUAUCUUGGCUUUCAUGAAAUAAAUUUUUCUCUAAAGAAUGAAUUCCAUAUAGCGGAUAUAUUUUAUUUUUGA